CAAGCAGAGACUCCGCCAGGAUGCCUCCCACUGUCGAAUACUAUUUCUCCUUCAUUUCCCUUUGGUCCUAUGUGGGCAGCCGUCGCUUCCAGCGUCUAGUCCACGACCACGACGCUCGAGUAAUCUUCAAACCCAUGAAUCUGAUGCACAUUUUCUCCAUCUCGGGCGGCCUCCCCGUGAAACAACGUUCGACCCAACGUCAAGCAUACCGACUGCUGGAAAUGGAGCGUUGGCGACGCAUCCGCGAUAUCCCCAUCGUCACUCAUCCGAAAUUCUACCCGGCCGACCCUUCUCUCGCGCAUCGGGUUCUCUUGGCAGCCAUCGACGAGCUGGGACACGAUCAUCCCUCCGUCCACGAGUACGCUCACCGAGGGUUAGAAGCCGUCUGGGCGCGGGAGCUGAACAUCGCCGACGAAGGCACCAUUGCUCUUCUUGCCAAAGAGGCCGGAUUAGAUGGAGAACGAUUGCUCGACCGCGCCAAAGGGGAAACGAAUUGGGCAAAACAAGAGAUCGCGCUGACAACGGAGGCGGAGGACCGACAGAUCUUCGGGGCGCCCCUUUACUUUCAUCAAGGAGAGCCUUUCUGGGGCCAGGAUCGACUCGAAAUGCUGGAGGAGGUAAUUCGCAGCGGCAGGGAGCCGAUUGUGAUUUCGAACGGGAAAUGAAUGAUGUGAUCUUGGUACUUUAGGUUUGGGAUUGAAGGCAAUCAUCGUGAUUCUUUCGAGAUCGAGCCUAUGGCAUAUAUAUAUCUGGCUGCACAGUUGGCUUUAUUUAGUCAAGGUCACACAGAAUGAUUUUCAUAGAUAGGAUACGGGACAAACUGAAUUUUCAUUGCCAGUCAAGUGUGCCU